UGAAGUCUUGCUAGCAACUCUGUGUAGAUCGGGUUUGGCUUUUCAUAUUUUCUUCUAGCAAAAAAAAUAAAUAAAUAAAAUAAAUAUAUCAACAUAUAUAAAUAUCGUUUUCACCGGAUUAAAAGCCUGCCGUCCGACCCAAGACACAGCUCGUUGUGAAGGUAAAAAGCUGUCUCUGUGCUUUACUCUCUGGCUGGAUUUGAAGAAAUAAUCAUGAGUCCCACCGACGCGAAGCGAGGAGCGAAGCGCAGGAAGAACAAGCGGGGCGGCGGGAGCAGCGCCGCAGGAAAGUCCGAGGCUUCAGCCGCGGCCCGGGCUGCUCAAUCCGCCGCAACAGCCGCCUCCGCCAGGAGCUUUCUCGGCACGGGGAGCGCUGUGAGCGGAGACUCGGGGUUCAACGGAGAGGUCCCAGGGAACAGCGCGCCACAGUUUUCCGAAGGCCCUGUGAACUCAGACUUCUCCGGAGUUCUUCAGACCCCGUUCACGUUCGGCUUGAACCAGAGGGCGCCCUACACGACAGGAGAUCGCUGCUUGCUCUGUCGCAGCGAACGCAAAGACCUCGUCUCGCAGGAAUCGGGUCAGAACGGAACGGGCCAGUCGCCCAAAUCGUCCGCCGCCCUCCAGCUGCCCCUCUACGUCUGUCCCGACUGCAAGCGCACCGUUGAGAAGGACGAGCGGCAGCCCUCUUCCGACCAGACCUCUAUAAGUCAGGACUUUUUGUUACGCAUGCCCAUGGGUAACGGUGGAUUAAGUCAGGACGCAACCAGCCCCAAUUCCAGGCUAAUCGUCGGCGCUCCUACUUUACCCACACCAGACCUCAGCACGCCGCUCUCCUCGGACACGGUGUGCGGCUGCGAGGCGUGCAGCGAGAGGAGAGAGAUCACGGCGGAGUCCGAGCGCGAGUCUCAGCAGCUGCAGAACCACUGGUCCGAGGUGCGCUACCUGGUGCGCUGCAUCUACCGGCAGACCGGGACGCCGCUGGCGGACGACCAGGACCAGCCUCUGAACCGGGACAAGGACAGCAUGAAGGAGCUGGUGGACAGGCUGUGUGAGAAGGACCCAUACCAGCUGUACCAGCGGUUGGAGCAGCAGGCCAGGGAAUACGUGCUGGAGAUGAAGGUCCGGCUCUUGAAGCACCUGUCGACGGGACCCGAGGGCCCCGGGGCCAUUCAUGGCCCUCCGCAGGCACACCAGUUCAUCUCCCUGCUCCUGGAGGAGUACAGCGCCCUCUGCCAGGCAGCCAGGACCAUCAGCAGCUUCCUGCUCACACUGGAGAACGAACACCUGAAGAAGUUCCAGGUGACGUGGGAGCUCCACAACAAGCACCUUUUUGAGAGCCUGGUUUUCUCCGAGCCCAUUCUUCACAGCAGCUUACCGGCUCUCGUCGGCCAGCUCAAGCAGGGCACGGCGUCCCACGACUCGUACAGUGAAGACAUGUACAAGGCGCUGCUGGACAGUCUACACGCCCUGGAGCAGGAGAUGAAGGCCGUGGCGGUGGAGUGGAUGGAGUGCAGGAAGAGGAUAGACGACUACGUGGAUGAGCAGUUGCUUUUCAAAGUGGAAGGGCAAAACCUCACAAAUCAGCGCACCGAGCCACACAAGUCUCUAAUCAGUAAAAACAUGUCUUUAAGAACGAAGCAGAGGAUGCUUAAAGAAGACGGCGAGAUCUUCAAACAAAGGAGGUUCUUCGAGGAACAGUUCCUACAGAACAGUAAGAAGUCCCUGGCAGGAGACAGCACCUUCACAGACACGGUCAAGCAGAUGCUGUCGUCUCGGCUCAGCAUUCCAGACUGUCCCAACUGCAACUAUCGGAGAAGGUGCACGUGUGACGAUUGCAGCCUCUCUCACAUCCUCACGUGCGGCAUCAUGGACGCCCCCGUAGGGGAGGAGCUUCACCUGAAGCUGCCACUGCAGGCGGAGCCUCCUCGAGACUACCUGUCCGAGGUUCAUCCCCCAAGCAUGUCUUCAGGAAGCUCCGGCUCUGGCUCCGGUUCCGGCUCCGCUUCCAGUUCCCCGAUCACCGUCCAACAGCACCCGCACCUCCUCCUGCCCCAGGACGGCGCCCCCACAUUUGGCAGCGAUGACGACGAUGACGAAGUGCCUGCGCUGCCAUGCAUCUACCCCCUGAGCAGGUACGAGGACGCUGGUGUGGUGGCGAGCAUGAACGGCCUGCACGCUCAGCUCAACGGAGGAGGAGGAGAGAGCGCAGUGCUCAAACAUGAGUCUCAACAGAGGAGUAGCAGCAGUUCCUCAGAGACGGACGAGGAGGAAGCGGAGGGUGAGAGCAGCACUCAGACUUCAGGCCAGCAGGGGGAGCUCUCCUGUGGGAAGAGAGACAGUCCUCCUCCUUCCUACACGCAUACACAGGUGGAGCAGGUGCAGCACCCGUGCGAGUGUCACGUGUGUAACCAGGGGAGCGUGGACGGCGGUACAGCAGGACUGGGCACCGCCGCUCUGCCUUCCCGGCACCUCCACACGGCACCCCAUCAGUUCUUCACAGAAAAGAGUCCAGCUCACCCCGCGCUCCAUCUCUACCCCCACAUCCAUGGACACCUGCCCAUGCACAACCUGCCCCAUCUGCCCCGGCCGCUGCUGCCCACACUGUACUCCAGCCCUCCCCUCACACACAGCAAGACUCUCUCGCCUGCGCCGGUAUCCAAUCACACAGGAAUAAAACAGCAGCCGGUGUUCAGCCCCGCCCUGCCCGAACACGUGUACCAAAGCUGUUUUAGCGGCGGAGCCGAAAACUGGAGCGCUUCUCUGUCUUGUCCCUCGCUCAAAUUCGAGAACCUGUGGGACACGCACAUGAUGAAGAACUGGAACCCGAGUGUACUGCUGCAGGAGCCGCUACCCGGAUUAGACUCCACCUCCAACACAUCCAGCACCUCACCCCUCCCGGGUCCCGAGAACAAGGAGAAGAAGAGCGUCCCUCAGAAGAAGAAGUGUCUGUUUAACUACCAAGAUGCCUUCAUGGAGGCAGGCGAGGUGGUGAUGGCUACGUCGUCAGCCAUCUCCUCGGUCUCCAGCACCGCCACCACUGUCCAGUCCAGUAACAAUCACAUUCACGCUUCGGCUAAAAGAGCUGCCUCGCUAGGUGAAGUUUUUCACAAUGUAGUUAAAGAAGACCAUCUACAGUCCGGCCCCAUCGCGCCCAGAAACAGCCCUACCGGUUUGGCGUCCCUGCCCCCUUUCAGCAGUGCCACACACCCCCCUAUCCCUAGCACACAUCUCCCAAGCAUGGCCAGUCAGCCCGUCACAAAGUCUGCAGCUCCAGCCCCGGGGUUCCUAGAAGCCCACCAGACGCUGUGCGUACCCGGGGCGGAGCAGCCGCUCGUCUCGGCCGACGCGCCAAUCAGCGGGCCUAGCAGCGUCUGCAGUGAUCCAGACUGCGAGGGUCACCGGUGUGAGGGAGGCGGAGCCUAUGAACACCAGGCUUACGAGGAGAGUCCAGACGAAGACAGCAGCUCGGAACACAGCUCCUCAACGUCCACCUCCACCAACCAGAAAGAAGGCAAAUACUGCGACUGCUGCUACUGUGAAUUCUUUGGCCACGGAGGGCCUCCCGCAGCUCCGACUAGCAGAAACUACGCCGAGAUGCGGGAGAAGCUCCGACUUCGCCUCACCAAGCGCAAAGAGGAACAGCCCAAGAAGGAAGAGCUGGAGCGGGACGGUAUGGAGGACCACCGCAAAGUAGAGGAUUUACUGCAGUUCAUCAACAGCGGCGGGAACAAGCCUGCGUCCAGCGCCAAAGCAGCCAAACGCGCGCGCCAUAAACAGAAGAAGCUCGAGGAAAAAGCCCGAUUGGAGGCGGAGGCGCGAGAGCGGGAGGUGCAGCAGCAGCAGAUUUUGGAGGCUCAGCGGCUGCGCCAGGAGGAGGAAGAGGAGGCGUUUAAGCUGGAGCUGCUCCGCCUGAAGGAGAUACAGCAUCUUCACAACUCCUCCACGACCACCAACAGAUCCGCCUCCAAGAAGAAAAAGAGGGAAAACAAGGCCAAAGACGCUCCGACCGCGACGGUCAAGCCCGAAACGCCUUCUCCGUCACCCGCUCCCACUAACACCCCCCAGCCACUACGCCAGAGCGCGCAGAACGUUCUGGAAAACAUGCAGAACGGCAAAGCGCAGCUUCUACACGGCCUGGUCCGCCUCAAAGAGCCAGUCAAAGAGCCCCUUAAAGAACUCAUACCUGUACCCCAACCCAAAAUCAGCCCAUUGAGCCCAAGACGCGGCAGAGACAAACCCGCCGAAGUCACACUCUCGCUGCCCAACGGCACCCUGCCACACUCGGAGCCUGCCAUCGCCAGGUCCAAAUCCAAACAGCAGCCCAACGACAACUCGAGAACCUGCGAGGUCGGAAAACGGCCGCUCGACACGCCCCGGGCGACAGAACUCGUCUGCAUAGCCGCUCCUCCGCACACGGAAAGUAAAGUGAAGGCCAGGCCCGCUGAGGAGCAGCUCUGUGACACCAAGAAGGAGGAAAGGACAAACGGGAAGAAGCAGCAGAACGGACUGAAGGAGGACAGGAUCUCGCCCGUGAUGGAACCGGCAGCCGUCGAGCAGAACGGGAAAGCCGUGCCCGUGGAGUCGCCCCAGCCCAAAAGCAAAGCCAAGAAGAACAAGAAGAAGAAGGCAGACAAGAUGAAUAACUCCAUAGACGACGUGUUCCUGCCCAAGGACAUCGACCUGGACAGCGUCGAUAUAGACGAGACAGAGCGUGAGGUGGAAUGUUUCAAAAGGUUCUGCUUGGACUCUGCUCGACAGACAAGACAGAGACUGUCCAUCAACUGGUCCAACUUCAGCUUAAAAAAGGCUACGUUUGCGGCUCACUAACGACAGGAUGAGACGAGAUCCUUCUCCAGAGAGUGUCAGGAUUCAAUCAGCAAUCCUUUCUCUCUGUCUGUCUCUCUCUCUCUCUCUCUCUCUCUCUCCUCUUCCUAUCUCUUCUUUCACCAGGCUGACUGCUGAUCCCAGUGCUGCUACGCUCAACAGACUGCUCCUCCGACCGACAUUACCCACAAUGCCUUGCCUUGUCCUUGUCACUGUAUGAAUCCAGACAUUCAGCUUUGCAGUACUUAGGGAGGAGGAGAGGGGGGUAAAAAAAAAGGACAUAAAAAAAUACAACCACAAAAUGCCACUCUACCAUUCUUGUUUUCUUUUGUUUCGAAUAUCUCCGAGUCGGCCGUUGGUCCUCCUAAUCCCAAUGGUUGGUAGAGGCCACGCGAAACAUCCAAACAGGAAAACUGAUCAAAAUUCUGAAGUUGGUAAAGAAGUUUAAAAAAAAAAAAAAAAAAGAGAGAGAGUCUUUUAUUCCCAUUAUUCGUGGAUGCGAACAGAUUUUGCACUUCAUUACAGAUAGUGGAGAAGGGAACAGGAUUAGGGCACUUGAGCUCCCUCCCCUCGGUCCACACCAGGACAGGAAGAUGGCUAAUACUUGACCGAUUGUUCUCAUUUGGUUAUUCAGUUCCAUUAAACAACUGUUCCGUAAAAAAAAGUGUUAGGUUUUUUUUUUUUUUUGU